UUGUGUUUGUGUUCUCUGAUUCUCGCCUCUAAUUAGGGAUCCAAGUAGUAACUGCUUGUAUAAAUUGAAGAUCGUUUUCCCCCAAUCAUUAAUUCCAUGCAUCCAUAGCGUGCGCACCGCACAGAUCUGCCACACUCUCUGGGUCACUUGCGCAGCUCUUCCUCCGUCUUUCACACUGAGUCUCAGCCAAGGAGGACGAAAACCAGUCGCAUAUUUUUUCCACACAAUGUCGCUCAUGACAAUCUACCUAUACAGCAUACUGCUCAUAACGUUGGUCACAUUCGCAGCUCGUCGAAUAUACUUCUGGCAGCGACUGCGCCACAUCCCCGGACCAACCACCGCGGCAUGGACAAUAUGGUGGCAGCUUUCCAACGCAUUGUCAGGACGCUAUCAUGAGCGGCUCAAAGAAGCUGCCGACACCUACGGCCCUCUUGUGCGCAUCGGACCCAAUCAGCUCCUCUCAACCGAUCCAGAGGUGCUCCGUCGCAUGUCUGCAGUUCGCAGCGGCUACACCAAGGGCAAGUUCUACGCAAGCGGCAAGAUUGUCCCCGGCGUAGACAAUGUCGUCUCAUUGCGAGACCCAGCCAAGCAUAAAGAGAUGCGCGCCUUGAUGGCUCCCGGUUUCUCUGGCAAGGCAAAUGAAGGCUACAGCUUCGAAGCUGCCAUGAACCGCCAACUCCUCAGCUUCAUCGACCUGCUUGAGCGCAAGUAUGUCACGUCUGGCUCCGACGUCCGCCCCUUUGACAUGGCCGAGAAGACGCAGUUCUUCGCCCUGGACGCCAUAGGCGACAUCUCUCUCGGACAGCCGUUUGGCUAUCUUGACAAAGACGAAGACUUGUACCAAUACAAUGAAAUCAACACCACAUCGCUACCCCUGAUGAAUGUUGUAUCUGUGAUGCCUGCGCUGGCAAACAUUGUCCACACAUGGCCCUUGCGAUUACUGCUGCCAAAGGAAGGCGAUCAAGUCGGCUUCGGUCGAUUGAUGCGCUUCGCACGGGGCUACGUAGAUACGCGAUUGGAUCCAAAAACACCCCGGGCUCAAGACAUGAUGCAAGCCCAUAUCGACAGCGGCAUGUCCAAGAACGACCUCAUCCAACAGGUCUUCCUCUCAAUCAUCGCCGGUUCUAAUUCUUCCGCUCACGCCCUCCGAAUGACUCUCCUCUCCAUCAUCACCUCCCCGCCGGCGUACAACUCCCUCAUCGACGAAAUCCGCCGCGCCUCUCCCGCCGUCAGCUCCCCCAUCACCUGGGCACAAGCACAAACUCUACCAUAUCUGCAAGCAGUCAUCCGCGAAGGCCUCCGCAUGUGGCCCCCCGUCGGCGGCCUCGGAUUCAAGACGGUUCCCCCCGAAGGCGACCACGUCAACGGAUACUUCGUGCCCGGCGGCACGGAGAUCGGCCAGGGCUUCCACGGCGUCGGACGCUCCAAAGCCGUCUGGGGCCCUGACGCCGACGUAUUUCGCCCAGAGAGGUGGCUCAGCGCGACAGGAGAUCGCCUCAAGGAAAUGACAGACGCCGUCGACACGCACUUUGGCUACGGCAAGUAUUCUUGUCUCGGAAAGCCAAUUGCCAUGAUGGAGUUGCACAAGGCUGUUUUUGAGCUCGUACGACGCUUCGACUUUUGCGUAGUGAAUCCCGAGUCACCGAUCAAGACAACCGCCUCCAUAUUCCUCUUUGCGUCAGAUUUCUGGGUAACGCUUACGAAGCGCAAUCUUUAGCCAGGCCGUACAAUUAACAACAUUAUGAAUCAUGAGUCUAUAUCGCCUAUCUUUACUUCCUUCAUACCGGUGGACAUUUUUCUUCCAACUACAUGAUACCCUGAUGGCGGAGCACUCUUUUUGAAAUAGCUACAGGAAAUGAAUAUGCUUAAUCAGAGGCGAAAGGCCCAAAGUAUUGUG